AUGUUGCGAGGAUACUCCUCAACAUACGUUAUCCAGACCCAUGAGGAGCCCACACUAGGCGCCACCUCUGGCGCAGACUUCGAAAUAGACGUAGACAGAGCACGGAAGAGGCGACGCCACUCCAGCUACCAGCAACGGACAUGGAGUAUGGAAAGGGAGAAUAUGCAGGUCUUUAUCGACCGUUUCUUGGUAGAUCUGGGCCGGCGACUAGAGAUGAUUGAGAGUUAUGGCCAUAUCAAAAUAGAUUCAGGCAUGAAGUAUGCGUACGACACGCUGCACGAUGUGCAUGAUAAUUGCAUGCAGGUCGGUGGUGAUAUCGUAGGCGCCGGGCGGAAGAGGGCGAACGUGCUGGUAGAGACGUUGGACGAGCACUAUAGGGGUGCGCUGGCCCGGAAGGAGACUUUGGAGCAGAGCGUGCGGGAGGGAGUGAAGAUGUGCGAGGCCAUGAUGACCGAGUUCGAAGCCCAGGCGUACUCAAGAAGGACAAGCAUAGCGGCUGCAGCGCACGACAUGCUGGAUACUAGUGUAGCAUACGCUGAAGAAGCAGCUACGAAAGCCACGGAGAUAGUAUCAGAAGGCGCAGACGCAGCCCGCCGAGCGAAGGAGAAGCUCAAGAUCAAAGUCGAGGCCGCUGUAGUUCACGCUCGUGAACACGGCCUCAUAACAUUCGAGCUUCUCCCAGAGCCUUGGAGGGUAAAUCCACACAUCUUAUCGGGCUACCGCUUCUCCGAAACCAAACUCGACUGUAUACGCUCUUGCUUCCAAUUGUCGAACGAGACAGUCAACAUCUGGAGCCACGCACUCGGCCUGCUUGUCGUCCUAGCAAUAGCUUUCUGGGUCUACCCAUCCACCAAGGCAUUCACGGCAGCGACCAACUUCGACAUCUUCAUCGCCGGCUGCUUCUUCUUCGCGGCUUGCAAAUGUCUAAUUUGUUCAACGAUGUGGCACGCCAUGAGCAGUAUCUCGAAUCAGACUCUCAUGGAGCGCUUCGCCUGCGUUGAUUACACUGCGGCUAGCAUUAUGACGACAGAAUAUACUGCUUUCUAUUGCGAACCCAUCAGCCGCUGGAUCUAUCUUGGAUCGACGUUCGUUCUCGGAGCUGCGGGGACUGUGUUACCAUGGCACCCGACUUUCAACCGGGCGGACAUGUCAUGGUUGCGAGUAGCUUUCUAUGUUACACUCGCUCUGACCGGGUUCGUCCCUGUGCUGCAGCUAACGUACGAGCGUGGCUGGGAUGAGACGGCAUACUUCUACGCACCGAUCACAAAGUCCGUUACUGUAUAUUUUGUUGGGGCGAUACUGUACGCUGGCAAGGUACCUGAGCGGUUCCUGCCCGGGUGGUUUGACUACAUUGGCGCGAGUCACAAUAUCUGGCAUUUUGCUGUUCUUGGCGGCAUCCUGUUUCACUAUAGCGCUAUGCAGCGAUUCUUUGGCGAGGCUUUCCGACGCGCGGAAAUCGGGUGCUCGGUGUAUUAA